AUGUCUGCUUCAAAGCUCGAACAGGAGGAUCACGCGCGUGAUGCUGCCUUCAACAAGGCCAUGCAUGGCAAGUCCUCGGGCGCCCAAGGUGGUUUUGCUGCCAUGCGCAACAAGGAUGAAAAGGCCCACCAGCUGGCUGUCGACGAGUACUUCAAGCACUGGGACAACAAGGCCGCUGCUGUCGAGACAGAAGAGACCCGUGAGGCUCGACGAGCAGAAUAUGCCACUUUGACCCGACACUACUACAACCUUGCCACCGAUCUCUACGAAUACGGAUGGGGAAGCUCUUUCCACUUCUGCCGCUUCGCCUACGGUGAGCCCUUCCACCAGGCCAUCGCUCGCCAUGAACACUACCUUGCCCACGUCAUGGGCCUGAAGGAGGGCAUGAAGGUCCUCGAUGUUGGUUGCGGUGUCGGCGGACCCGCUCGCGAGAUUGUCAAAUUUUCCGGAGUCAACGUGGUUGGCUUCAACAACAACGACUACCAGAUCGAGCGUGCUACUCGGUACGCUGAGCGCGAGGGUCUUUCGGACAAGCUCACCUUCGAGAAGGGCGACUUUAUGCAAAUGCCCUUCCCGGACAACUCUUUCGAUGCCGUUUAUGCCAUUGAAGCCACUGUGCACGCUCCUAAGUUGGAAGGUGUCUACAGCGAGAUUCGCCGAGUCCUCAAGCCUGGCGGUAUCUUUGGUGUCUACGAGUGGCUGAUGACCGACGAGUACGACAACGAGAACCAAGAGCACCGUGAAAUCCGUUUGGGAAUUGAGCAGGGCGAUGGUAUCUCUAACAUGGUCAAGAUCUCCGAGGGUCUUGACGCCAUCAAAGCUGCCGGAUUUGAGCUCCUACACCACGAAGAUUUGGCGGACCGUGACGACCCUGUCCCAUGGUACUAUCCUCUUGCUGGAAACUUCAAGCAGAUGCAAUCAGUAUGGGAUUUCCCUACCAUUGCCCGUAUGACCUGGUGGGGUCGUGGACUCGUCCACCGCCUCGUGGGUGCCCUUGAGACCAUUCACCUUAUGCCCCGUGGCACGCAAAAGACUGCUGACAGUCUUGCCCUGGCUGCCGACUGUCUCGUUGCCGGUGGUGAGAAGAAGCUCUUCACCCCUAUGUACCUGAUGGUUGGCCGAAACCCAGAAUAA